GCUGACCAAUGCAUUUUGUUUGCUUCUCUAUACUGCUGCGUUCUCCAACUAAUGUGUGUUCUCUGGCGAGUGUCCAUCAAUGUGAACUUGGAGUAUUAACAGCGUGGCAAGUGAUUCAAGCAGAAACAUGAAAAAGCCAGCUCGUCAGUGCAAAACUAAUGCCACCGUUAAAAUACAUGAAGAUGCGACAAAAAACAAAAAGAGCCGUGUGCAGGGAUUAUUCUCAAUUACUUUAUCGCGACACACAAACGCCUUAAACAAAAUUGAUUAUUCUGAUCUAGAGCAAAACUCUGACGACCUCAUUGUCAUCAAAAGAAAAAAACUAAAGAUUCACGGCACCCAGCUCAAAAUGUUCAAAGAGCAAAACUGGAGCACUGAGCACAUAUACAAGCAUGCAAAAGCUGCACUUGCGAAGAGGCGUGUUGCCAUUCCAACCGAAACAAUACAAAGAGCCACUGAUCUUCAAAUUAAACAACUCGCUGAAAAAGAGUAUGAACGAAUUGGCGAGCUCCAGAGCGCCUUAAUAGGCCGCGCCAACUCUGGAAGAUGUUACCUAGAGGAAAAACGAAAAAGGUCGACACUUCAACGUCGAAGAGAGGCGAGAAAAAAGAUCGAAAAGAUCAUCGAUGAAGGUCCGAUCAACCAUCAAAUGCCUAUCGAAGAUGUGCGCUGGAGAAUCGAAGUAAAUCCCUCCACGUCGGUUUACUUCAAUGAAUCUCAGGAACUGUAUAAGCCGAAUUCUAACUUGGUGUUCAAACACACAUCCACAAACAAAUCAACCAUGGAGGGGAGUUAUAGAAUGCAGCUUCGAGUAAAUGCGGAAAUUGAACAAGAAGAAGAGCUUACUUGUCACUGCGUAGAUGUUUGCGGCGAUUUGUGCCCCUGUUCAGGCCUCCGGAAGAUUAUUAGAGAAGGUCCGUUGAGUGAUCCGAAUAGAGUCCGUCACUACAGCUGCUCGACAAAUUGCAAAUGUCGUGGCAAAUGUGCAAUCUCGUUUCCAGAACCUCCAAAAGGCGGCACUGAGAUCAUGCUCCACCACUUGACGGAAAAAGAUUUUUGCGUACGAGCAAAGCAAUACUUUGGUCAAGGUGAAGCAGUAGUAGAAAUGACUGGAGAGUAUGUGGUUUCUUCGUCAAUAUCCGAUGAAGAUACAUAUGCUCUUGACGUUGUCUACGAUACGGACAAAUAUCAACUUGCAGCAAUAAUUGACACGAACAAAAAGCAGAAGUCUGUCAAGAAAUAUCCGCCAUUUGUGAACAAGAAAUACACAUCGUCAAUCCUCGAGCUACACGAAACGCCUCUCAGUCUGAAUCCACGGUAUGUGGGGAACGUCGGGCGAUUUGUCUCCUCGUCUUGCAUGGGAAAUGUCAAGCUCAACUUUGUCCACACCGCGGGAUUCAAUCCAGGGAAUAUUCGUGUGAUCUUCACUUCCACGAUGCCCAUUUUCCCGAGUCAGGAAGUGACAUUCAGAUACAGCGAUGAGUAUAUCAUCAAGCAGUUGGGUGAUUGCUGCAAGUGUGCCAGCUUAUGUUGCAUCACCAAUAGAGCUUUGUACCCAUUCGUCACAUUGGACGAUCUCCAAAGAAUGAACCGCAAGAUACAGGAUAUGCACUUUGAUGAAUUCAUAAAGAACACAGCAGCACCACAACUUCAUAGAUACUCAACACGGUUUGCCGUGCAGUCAUCAAAUACCGAUACUCACUGAUGCGUUUUGAUUCAUAUUGAAUCUCAGUUCUAUUCCAUUUCUAGGUUUUUUUUUUCAAAAUUUUAAAAACAAAUGUUAUCAUAUUUAUAUGUUUUUCAAUUUUUCUCCACCGUACUGUCAGAAAUCUCCUAUCUGCGUGUCUUCCAUUUCGAGUUUUUUCCUUUCUCCUUUUUCCAACGGUUGAUCGUCUUCUUCUACAUGGUAAACGAUUUCAUGAAUCAUUUUUCUUUC